AUGGCCAACGACAGUGAUGAACCGGAUUCUGCUAACCAGAGCUGGCUGGCCACUCAACUGCGUCAGGCCAAGCAGAUGCGUUUGCGAAAGCAGCAAGAGAAGCAGGAGGGUGGUGGUUUCGUCAAUUCCACCACGGGAAGUCUUGGAAUUCAUGCAGUGGCCAGUGCUGGGACACUGAGUCGAACUCAGGGAGCUGAUAUGAUGUCUGAUUUGCAGAGGGUUCUAGCGGCUCGUAGACGUGCUCGUGAGGGCGACAAUGAUAAUACCGAUGGGACAGCUACUGAUGCUGCCAAUGGUGCUUCAGCCUCGUCCGGAUCGGCCAAUUCGACCGCAGAGAGCAGUCAUUUACGGCGACCCUCGCAGUCCAUCAAUAACAGCAGCAGCGGUAAUGCCGCGCCCACCUUUGCUGUACCCACCGCACCUGCUCCCACAUCGAACUAUGCCACCAUGUAG